CCCGACGCCAAAAAAAUUAGCGGCUGCAACUGAAUCUGCAGAUGCAAAUGGAUAUACUUUCUCGAGCUGGAACCACCGUAUCUCAAUCCUUCUGGUCGCGACAACGAUCGUCGUCGUCGUCCUCCUCAUCCUUCUCGCUAUUCAAGCCCUCCUGCUCUCGAAGGGAGCCCCGACAAGACGGCGACGACCGCGACAAGAAAGGUGAUAAAUUCUCAACAGACUGGGAUAAAGCAUGGUCCAACUUCAAGAAACAGGGGAAGAAAAAUUUAUUUUCAGGGUUCUCGCCCGAUAAGUAUGUGAGUUGGAAUCCAAGACGGUCGGAUUACCCCCUCUCGGAGGAAGUUGAUCCCAUUAAAAGAACAGAGAGAUCGAACCUCAUGUUGUGGACCAGUCCGAGGUUUACACUGGUAGUAGCUAUUUUAAUUGUCACAUUUCUUUUGGUCUAUACUAUUCUUGCACCCGUUAAGUGAAUUCUUAUAACUUCCUUAUAGAGGCUGGAUUUUGUAAUCCUAGCUGUAAGUAAAUUAAUAAGUACUUUUUGUUUCCCCUGUUUAUAUGUAGAGCUGCUUAUCAUGCAGUAAACUGCGACUCGAACCAUAAAACUUGCACCAGUGUAUUCAUGAGCUGCAAUUGCAGCUCUUGUGGUGAGGUGAGAUCUUGUGAUCAAAAGGAUUCUAUUUGGUAAC